AUGGAUUACCGAGCAGCUCCUGUAACAGCCGUAGAUUUGAGGCGGCCAUCAACUCCUACUAUACAAUGUCACGGUACGGCGACAAAGCUGGUUAUAUGUCCUGACAACGGUGGCAUUGAGUCGAUAUGUUUUAUUGGUGAUCGAAUACUUUGUACGCACUUGAAUGGUUCUGUUACGAUAGCUGACCCACAUUCAGACUAUACAAGGUAUCGCAUUCCGCUGCUUUGUUCAUAUUUAGCCUUGGAUGAAUCGACGGCAAUAUCGACAUUAUCUCUUGGAGUUGAUCAAAGAUUGUUUUGUGUAUGUAGUAGAGAGAGUACGAUUGCCGUAGGUGCUAUGGAUAGCGUAUAUGUGGUUAAAAAUAAUGCGGUGAUGCAUAAAUUAGUGGUUCCCAGGAAGGAGAAACGCCUCCCAACUAUCGUAUGGAGUUGUUGUUUUUUUAAUGAGACCAUUCUGGCCAGUGGCGAUUCUCGUGGUGUUGUGUCUUUCUGGAAUUUUCAAAAUGGAGCGCUAGUUUCUAGUUUGGAAACCCAUCAGUCCGAAAUACUCUGUUUGGUGCUAUGUGAAGGUCGCAUUCAUGCAGCUGGUGUUGAUCCGAGAAUAAUAAGCAUCAAACACAUAGCAGGAAAUGAUUUUCGUGUUGUGCAGCAGCGCAACGGACCGAUAAGGGAUGUCCGAGCAAUGGCAUGCUUCGACGAUAAGGUCUACGCUGCAGGCGAAGACCACGCUAUUUUCGUUGCAAAGAGCGGCUGUCAAGUUGUGGCGAGCCAGUGGAAUAAGCUGUUGUAUCUUGGAGGCUCACUGGCGAUGUGUCGAGGGCACAAUUUUGUUGAUAUUUGGACGAGCGGAGCUGGCGAGCAGACUACAUCAUCGGGCGAAAUAAUUGUGAAAAGGCAGCCUGUCUAUCUCGCACGAGUUUACUGUCCAGAGAAGAAACCAUUAGUUGCUUGUGACAUGUCGACUGAUGGACGACUCAUAGCUAUUUCGUCUACUGAUUCGACAACGAUUGUUGGGAAUUGUCUGUAUAUAACGACUGGUGAUUUCGAACUAUGGCGUGUCUCUAUCAAAGAUGGUGAAUCCGUGCGGGUAUUGGAACAA